AUGUCGUCAGAAACUCCUGAAGCCACACCCUCCCCAGAUACAUCUAAGAGUGUUGACACACCCAAGAGGACAGAGGCCCCUAUCAAGCUUGAAAGUGAUGAAGUGGUGAAGGACUUGGACAAGGUUGACUUCACCCAGGGUGGAGUGGACAAAUUCAAGUUCUACCCAGACAAUCCUGAGAAUCACAGACACAAAUACAGAUGGUCCAUGAAGGGAGCCUCCAAAUUCUACGACCCAUGUGAAGAAAGUCGACAAGCAUCCAUGAACUGCCUAUUGAGAAACCCUGACGAUAGAACGGUUUGUCAGGACUUUUUCGAUGCUUACAAGGAGUGCAAGAAGGAUUUCUUUGCCAAGAAGAAGCAAGACAAAAGAGAAGGAAAGAAAGGUUGGGGAUUCUGGUAA